AUGAUUACUGGAGGAGAUGAUAUUACUUUACAAUUGUUCAAGAAGCAGAUGCAAAUUACACCAUUAGCAGUAAAUGAGAGGCUUUCAUUGAAUAGCGGAAGCAAGCUAAAGGAUCUUUCUCAGUUCAGAAGCUUGAUUGGAAGCCUUCUUUACAUAUGCUCAUCAAAACCAGAUACCAUGUAUCCUGUGAGCUUGCUGUCCAGAUUCAUGAAAGAACCUACUCAUCUUCAUUUUGCAGCUGGGAAACGUGUGCUUAAGUAUUUGAAGGGCACUCUAAACUUUGGAAUCUGUUAUACCAGAAAUCCAAAUUUUUUUCUCACUGCCUACUCUGACAGUGAUUGGACAGAAAAUGUAGAUGAUUCCAAGAGUAUUUCAAGCUAUAUCUGUACUCUUGGUAAUGAAGUUUACUCUCACAAACAAUCCAUUGUUGCUCAAUUCACUGCUGAGUCAAAGUAA